GCGGAGCCGAGGCCUACAGCCGCCGGGGGCGGCCCCUCCACCCACCGCCAUGGCCUCGGGAGACACCCUGUACAUCGCCACGGACGGCUCGGAGAUGCCGGCCGAGAUCGUGGAGCUGCACGAGAUCGAGGUGGAGACCAUCCCGGUGGAGACCAUCGAGACCACCGUGGUGGGCGGCGAGGAGGACGACGACGAGGACGACGACGACGACGAGUGCUGCGAGGACUGCGGCCCUCACCACCCGCCCCACCGCCGCCACCACCACCACCACCACCACCCGCCCAUGAUCGCCCUCCAGCCGCUGGUCACCGACGGCGACCCCAGCGGCGGCGGGGUGGCCGUCGGGCCCGGCGGCGGCCAGCUCCACCUGCACCACCACCCGCACCACCAGGAGGUGAUCCUGGUGCAGACCCGCGAGGAGGUGGUGGGCGGCGACGACUCGGACGGCCUGCGGGCCGACGACGGCUUCGAGGACCAGAUCCUCAUCCCCGUGCCGGCCCCGGCCGGCGAGGACGAGUACAUCGAGCAGACCCUGGUCACCGUGGCGGCGGCCGGCAGCAAGGGCGGCGGGGGGGGCUCCUCCUCGGGCGGCGGCCGGGUGAAGAAAGGCGGCGGCAGCGGCAAGAAGAGCAGCAAGAAGAGUUACCUGGCGGGCGGCGGAGGGGCCGAAGGGGGCGGCGGCAGGAAAUGGGAGCAGAAGCAGGUGCAGAUCAAGACCCUGGAGGGGGAGUUCUCGGUCACCAUGUGGGCCUCGGAUGACAAAAAAGACAUUGACCACGAGACUGUGGUUGAAGAGCAGAUCAUCGGAGAGAACUCGCCGCCGGACUACUCAGAGUACAUGACGGGAAAGAAGCUCCCACCUGGAGGAAUCCCAGGCAUUGAUCUUUCGGACCCCAAACAGUUGGCUGAAUUUGCAAGAAUGAAGCCACGAAAAAUAAAAGAAGAUGACGCUCCGAGAACGAUAGCGUGUCCUCACAAAGGCUGCACAAAGAUGUUCAGGGAUAACUCUGCCAUGAGGAAGCAUCUGCACACUCACGGGCCACGAGUACAUGUUUGCGCAGAAUGCGGCAAAGCCUUUGUGGAGAGCUCGAAGCUAAAGAGGCAUCAGCUAGUUCAUACUGGAGAGAAACCCUUUCAGUGCACAUUCGAAGGAUGUGGCAAACGCUUUUCACUGGACUUCAAUUUACGCACACAUGUGCGAAUUCAUACUGGAGACAGGCCCUAUGUGUGCCCUUUCGACGGCUGCAAUAAGAAGUUUGCUCAGUCAACUAACCUGAAAUCUCACAUCUUAACACACGCUAAGGCCAAAAAUAACCAGUGAAACUGCAAGAAGAAAGGUCUUGAACUCAGAGCAUCUUACCUUACAGGAGAAUGAUUGGGAAUAAAUAAGCCUCCCCUUUAUAUAUUGUUUCUAGGAAAGAAUUUAAAAAGAAAAAAAAACCUGACACGCCUAAAGGACUUGUUUUUGAUAAAGUAGCAAAAAUAAACUUUAAGACUUCUUUGCUACGAUGCUCGAUUUUGCUCUGUAAUUGGUUUCGAGAGCAUGGUGUUUUUGUAAAGCGUGGCCCCAUCUGGAGGAGGCAGACAGUUCAUGGACUUGCAUCAGAGACAGUUCUUUCUACAACAGUGCUAAAAUUGGACUUUUCACAUUCUUAUAAAUAUGAAGCUCACCUGUUGCUUACAAUUUUUUAAUUUUGUAUUUUCUAAGUGUGCAUAUUGUACACUUUUUGGGGAUAUGCGUAGUAAUGCUAUGUGUGAUUUUUUUCUGGAGGUUGAUAACUUUGCUUGCAGUAGAUUUUCUUUAAAAGAAUGGGCAGUUACAUGCAUACUUCAAAAGUAUUUUCCUGUAAAGAGAAAAAAAAGUUAUAUAGGUUUUGUUUGCUCUCUUUAAUUUUUUUUUGGUUGUAUUCUUUGAUGUUAACACAUUUUGUAUAAUUGUAUCGUAUAGCUGUAAUGAAAUCAUGUAGUAUCAAAUAUUAGAUGUGAUUUAAUAGUGUUAAUCAACCUAAACCCAUUUUAGUCACUUUUUUUGGGAAAAAUACUGCCAGAUGCCGAUGUUCCGUGUACUUUCUCUUUGCCUGUUCAGUUAAGGAAAGUGGUGCUCAGUUGUAGAAUGUAUUGUACAGGCACUGACCUUUUAACAACACCUGAUGUGUACAUCCCAUGUAAUAGAGUGGGCAACAAUAAAACAGUGGUCCUGAAGAAAGAA